AUGAGCCAGUCGCAGUUAGUCUUGGUAAUUUUAGUGGCUAUUCCAUAUUUCCACAUACUGCGUGCUAUAACGUUCGGUCAAGAAAUUGUACCAGCAAUAACAGCCGAAGACUGUGCGAAUAUCACAGCCCUUGGUAAAUGUGACUGCGUCCGUGAUGUGAACAAUUCGACCGAAAUAAUAUGUGGCUCAGCCUCAGUAAAUAUUUCUGUGAGCAACGUGAAUGAUGUGGACCUACGCUGUGGCAAUGACUUUCAUGUGAAUAAGCUCUCAAAUUUACCACAUUUGGGCACAGUACGAGAAACUCCCUCCACAACCACGUACAAUUGCAUGCACAUCUCCGCUCUGCUAGCCCAGUUGGCGCUAACGCCGCGAUCAACACUGAAUGUACACGGUUUAAAGAUGAAACAACUAACGCUCGAGAUUUUCCAAAGUGAUUUCAAUCGUUUACGCAAAGUAACCACCUUAGAGUUAAGCGCUGAUACGAACCCGCCAAGCUUCAAUGAGUCAAAGUUGCAGCGACAGGAACUUGCUGGUGAUAUACUUACACCAAUGCCCGAUCUUUUUGCACUCACCAUCGACUUGAACUUCACGCAAUUGCCGACUGAUCUAUUCAAGCCAGUGCCAAAUAUUAAUGACAUCACUUUGAGCGGCGAGCUUUUGACAUUUCCGAGUGAUACAUUUCAGUACUUGCGACGCCUACGUCAGCUCGCCUUCCGUGGGCAUUAUUUCGAGAAUCGUUUGGGUGAAAAUAUAUUUCAGAAUUUAACAAUGGUUAGAGGACUUUACAUGAGAAAUUGCAGCAUAACUGCACUUCCCGAACAUAUAUUUGCGCCACUGAAGAUGUUAAGGAAUCUCAAUUUAAUGAGCAAUCAACUGAAUGAGCUGCCGUCUAAACUUUUAUCACAGCAGAAAGGUCUACAAACAUUAAAUUUGGGGGACAAUGGCAUACAAUACAUACCAUUGGGAUUCUUUGACGCAACUACCAAGCUAGUGAAGUUGUCAUUGAGUCACAAUCGCUUGCGUUAUUUGGCUGCCGAUGUGCUACCGCCCUUGACGUCCCUAAUCGAACUAGAGGUCGACAGCAAUGAGCUACGCACAAUCGCCUCGCAUACUUUCGCCCAACCCAAUCGUUUAAUAAAGCUCGAUCUAACAAAUAAUCAACUCGAUUGGGCAGCUGAUGAAGAUUGUGCGAUAUUCGAAGGUCUGCAACGGCUACAACGUCUGCUGUUGCGCAAUAACUCAUUACAUUAUCUCUGCGAUCGGCUGGGCUCCAGCAAUCACUCGACCAAUGCACUCUCCGACCUCGAUGUGCGUCAAAAUCAGCUAAAACUAAUCGGUCCAAAAUUAAUUGAGACAUUGAAUACGAGUCAGUUCUUCACCGCUGUCCACCUUUCGGAGAAUCCAUGGGAUUGUAACUGUAGCGCUCAGCCGUUACUUAGCUUUGUAAAGAGCAAUCGUAGGCGGCUCGGUGAUGCGGCUGACAUGCGCUGCGAGAAUCCACAGUUGGCGCGUCUACUUGAUCUCUCCUUUCGCGAUUUUUGCCUGCCAGAGGUGGGUGUGCGUACUGUUUUGGUGGUAAUUUUGGUUUGUGUAAUCGCCUUGGGCCUGACACUCACCACCACCGCACUGUGCUACUACAAAUACCGUAUCGAAUUAAAAAUCUGGCUCUAUGCGCAUCGCUUGUGCUUGUGCUGUGUGAGUGAGCGUGAUGUGGAUCGUGAUCGCAAAUGGGAUGCCUUCAUCUCUUAUUCACAUCACGAUGAGGAAUUUGUGGAGAAGGAACUAGUGCCUGGAUUGGAGCAGGGUACACCGCCUUUUAAGGUCUGUAUACAUGUACGUGAUUGGUUGGCAGGCGCUUAUAUACCGGAACAGAUUAUUGACUCGGUCGAGCAGUCGCGUCGUACAAUUAUUGUGUUAUCACAGCAUUUUAUCGAAUCCGAUUGGGCUCAGAUGGAGUUUCGCACAGCACAUCAGUGCGCUGUGAAUGAGGGUCGCUCGCGUAUUAUUCUUGUGGUUCAUGGUGAAAUUAAAGAAACAGACUUGUUAGAUCAAGAUCUGCGAGCCUAUCUGAAGAUGAACACCUAUCUAAAGUGGGGAGAUCCGUGGUUUUGGCGUAAGCUUCGGUAUGCAAUGCCGCAUGAACGGCGCGGCGAGCUGCAGGUCAACAGCAAUGGGGAGGAAUUGGAGAAAAUUUAG